AUGAGCCGCAACGUCACCGAAGCCAACUAUCAUCGUUUUCCCAUCCGCUACGACAAGCAACUCUCGCAUCCAAGUUUUCGCGGCAACAUCCUAGAGAUCGUGUCAAGCUUCCAGUCGUCCCAUCAUCUUUACAAGCGAACCGUGCCUGAGGGAAAUGCGAUGACCAGCAAUCCUUCCCGGGUGACCUUCCAUCCGCUUUCCAACCCCAAGGCUGGACCCACGACAUCAACUUCAAGGGCCGCAGCAACGUCCCAUGCUUCCCAGCAGCCCUCGCGAUCGGAGUCUCUUCCUCACCUACGAAAGACUACUUCCGGAUCUGGACAGGCUGAUGCAGCCACGGAUAAGAGCACGAUCGCGUUGAUCCGCCGUGUGCUCUGUCCGGAGAGCAGCAGCUAUGGCUCCUCAAGUCCACGGCCCCUCCACGAACUGCUGCCGCCAUUGACAAGCUCCAAUGAAGUCGAUCUCCAGCUCUACGCUCUAAUCGCAAUAAUAAUUAAAGAAUUUAUCUACUCUUGGUACGCGAAGAUCACUACGGAUCAUGUCUUCGUCGACGAGCUCCUCCAGCUCAUUGCCCAUUGCACCCGUGCAUUAGAGGAGAGGCUCCGACGGGUGGACGUCGAGCAGUUGGUCUUGGAUGAGAUUCCUUGCUUAGUUGAGGCCCACAUCAUCGCUUAUAGAACCGCGAAACAAGGAUCUGAUCUGGUCCCCCUUCCUUCAUCCGUGCGAGAAACCUAUCAUACCCUGAAUCCGCAUCCUGCUCUCUCACCCGUUCCCAAUCCAUUGGACCCCAAAACCAGCUCCGAGCAACAUGAAAACGAGGUCGCUUAUCGGCAUUUACUGGCUCAGGGCACUUUGGCCAUCCUUCUUCCCACCGAGGAUCUCGAAAACGUCUGUCUGAGAACGUUGGUAAGCGACGUUCUGGCUGAUUUGAUCUUGGGAAAAGAAGUGAGCGGGAAGGUCUGCGAGGGCUGGUUCAUCUGGGAAACCGUCAGCAAAGUCAUUUCGUUAGUGAGCCGACGGGGCACAGACAGGGUGAAGCGGGAGGGCGAGGCGGAAUCUGCAAGUCCUCGACCAAGCCAACUGGAGAGGUUUGGGCUUGUUUCGACCGAAGAGGACCAGCAUCAAGAUGAUUCGUCAAGGAGCAGCCAAUCUCAACUCGCACUCUGGAUGUGGAAGUUGUUGCACGCUGUCUAUCUCAUCUACGUUACCCUUCGCUUUGUAGUUACGGGCCUAUUCCGCGCGGCAUUGUCUCUGCCAGAGGUGCCUGCGCGCGACCUGGGUUCAUCUCCAGAUCAUCCUACUCCAAUCAGCCGGUCGAAUGAGGCGUCUUCACGGCCGGGAAAGACAGCCACGCGGCGUCCGGUCCUCGAGUACAGGGCGUUUGGUAUGCUCUCACGACUCAUUGACCUUCCACGACGGAUGCCAUGGCUGGUUGGCUGCGUGUCUCUCAUCCAGUGCUUGAUAGUGACAGGCCCAGCCAGGCUGGGCGACACAGAAGGCAUUCUUGAUCGGUGA